GAUUCUCCCGCGCGCGUUUCCUGUUCCGGAGUCGGUAGUGUGCGCUGUGUGUGUUUAUGCGCUUGUGUGUGUGUGUGUGUGAUGAUGAUGAUGGCGGAGCUGGUGCAGGGACAGGCCUCGGUGGCUCAGACCGGGAUGAAGGACGGAUUCACGGACCCCUUCCACCGCGCGAGACAGAUUGCUAAAAUGGGAGGAGAGCAGAUGCAGCAUCUGAAUAACUCGUCUCCGGUCGUCGAUGCCUCGCUGUACGGCUACGGAGGGCAGAAACGCUCGCUGGACGAAGGAGUGGCUAACCAGCUCGGUGCAAUGGUACAUGGUACAAGGGCUAUAAUAACAGAAGACUUCAAAGUGCCUGAUAAGAUGGUUGGAUUCAUCAUUGGACGAGGCGGUGAACAGAUCACAAGAAUUCAGCUGGAAUCCAACUGUAAGAUCCAGAUUGCUGGUG